GCUUUAAAAUCAUUCCUGUCUAUGCACGACACCUUUGAUGCAGCUAGACCUAAACCCUUUUCCGUCACUGGUCCCUCUGAAUAGCUUAUAUACCGUCGAGUCAUGCAACGCUUUUAUCAGAUGAUUACCACGAUGGGAAUGUGUACUGAAUAUAACGCUGAAGGCCACCGAGCAAUAUACGACCAUGUUUCGUCGAUUAUCGAAAAUGAAAAUGAACCCACAUCUGCAGAUGCACAGGCACCGCCUGCGCUUGUCUUCUACGCGACGCGGAACAUCCUGCGCCCCCACUUUAUUCUGGGGCAGAUCCCAGAUUUACUUGACUGCCUAGCCAUGGUUGACACUUUCCGAAAAUAUGCAGUUGAGGCGUCUGCUGUUGCGUUGUCGUGGCAGGAAUACUAUGCGAAGGAACCUAAUUCUGAUCCAGACAUGACACUACUCACGGAAAGAGAGCUAAAGAAACUCCAAGAUCAUGUUACGAACGACGAAGAUGACAGGCUGCAUUAUAUAUUGGUCACUAAGAAUCUGUGUCUAUUGCAUGUUUACUAUCUUAUGACGGCACCGGAGUCGUACAUGCUCGCAGAACAUCUGAAUGACUAUUUUCCAGGAUGCUUUCCAGGCCACGAUAUACCGUCUAAACUAUUGUUUCAACACAGCCUUUCUGACAGUGAGAAACAGAUUAUGGAGAUGGCAUAUCAAGAAUGCAAGGAGUGGAUACUGGACGUCACCCAAUGGGAAGAGGAACGCGAACAAGAACAAAAACAGUCGCUUAUGAUCUUGACUGCAGAACAGGCCGACGCCGCAUUCGAGCAGGCUUUUCCAGAGAAAUUUCCUCCACCAUUUUCUCAGGAAGAACUAGUUUCAGAUUUGAAUGACUACUUGAACACCGUGGAGAGAAUGAUUCGCAGGUUGGAGGAUUAUUUUCCUUCAAACAAGGUUCUGGAGAGAUUAAAGCCGUCGGUCUGAAUAGCAUCAUGUUCCAUUUUUCCUGGUCUCAUGAAACAGACAGGUGACGUGCUGCUCCUGGCGCACCCCAUAUUGAUGUUGCCGAGCGAGGCGACACGCAGCUAUGGUAGAUAGCACAAUACUAGUGCCAGGCUACUGGUAGUAAGAAGUAUCUAAGUAAAUGGCGACAUUGAAGUUCACUUUGAACAAAAGUGUCGUUAUGUACAUAAUAAGCAAACAUAACUCACAAGCGACAACAACGCUUACGACAUUCAGU